GCAGAUAUCUUCUUCUUCACCUCAUAGCCAUCUAUAUAUUAUAAUACCAUAGGAUAUACGUACAGAAAUAAAUGUGGAAACUAAAGGUUUCAACAGAUCAAGGGCCUUUCAGUUAAUGGCUUUUCAGCACCAAUCAUUUUGCAGGAAGACAAGUAUGGGAAUUCGAUCAAGAUGCUGGGACAAUUGAAGACAGAAAUGAAGUCCAAAAAGCUCGCCAAGAGUACUAUGAAAACCGGCUCAAAGUUAAAACUAGUGGGGAUGUUAUACUGCGAUUACAGCAAUUGAGAGAAAACAAAGAUAAAUUUGAUCUAAGCAUAUCACCGGUUAAGAUAGGUGAUGAUGAAGAAGUCACUUACAAAGCCACGACGACCACAUUGAGGAGAGCCAUCCGGUUCUUUUCUGCAAUGCAGACAGACGAUGGUCAUUGGGCUGCUGAAAUUGGAGGACCAUUGUUUUUCAUGCCACCCUUAAUUUUCGCCUUGUAUAUCACUAAAACUCUUAAUACAAUGUUAUCACCGGAACAUAUAAAGGAGAGUCUCCGGUACAUGUAUUGUCACCAGAAUGAAGAUGGAGGUUUCGGAUUUCAUCAAGAGGGGCAUAGUACCAUGUUUGAUACGGUCUUGAACUACAUCUGUAUGCGUUUAUUAGGAGAAGGGCCAGACGGUGGUCAAGACAAUGCAUGCACCCGAGCACGGAAAUGGAUACUUGACCACGGUGGCGCAACGUUAACACCAUCUUGGGGGAAAACUUGGCUUUCGGUACUGGGAGUUUAUGACUGGUCAGGAUGCAACCCACUCCCCCCAGAGUUCUGGCUUCUUCCAUCAAUGUUGCCCAUGCAUCCAGGUAAGAUGUGGGUUUACUGUCGAUCAGUUUACAUGCCGAUGUCGUAUUUAUAUGGGAAGAGAUUUGUUGCACCCAUGACAGAUCUUACCUUAUCAUUAAGAGCAGAGAUUCAUAUUCAACCAUACAAUGAAAUUAAUUGGAAUAAUGCUCGUCAUGCAUGCGCUAAGGAGGAUCUGUACUAUUCCCAUUCCUUAGUCCAGAAUUUGAUGUGGGACUCCCUCCACAAUAUCACAGAACCACUUCUAAAACGAUGGCCAUUUUCCAAAGUGAGAGAGAAGGCUUUACAAGUAACAAUGAAGCAUCUACAUUAUGAAGAUGAGACCACUCGUUACCUUACCAUCGGUGCUGUAGAAAAGUCGUUAUUCAUGCUCGCUUCUUGGGUGGAAGAUCCAAACUCAGAUGCAUUCAAGAAACAUCUUGCAAGGGUUCCAGAUUACCUAUGGCUUGCUGAAGAUGGACUCAGAAUGCAUAGCAUAGGCAGCCAAACCUGGGAUACAGUUUUUAGUCUUCAGGCACUUCUAGCAAGUGGUGAUCUUGUCGAUGAAAUCAAUCCCACUAUUCUUCGAAAAGGACACGAGUUCAUAAAAGCUUCACAGGUUAAAGAAAAUCGAGCAGGAGACUUUCGGAAAAUGUUUAAUCAUAUUUCUAAAGGAGCAUGGACUCUCUGUGACCAAGAUCAUGGCCUGCAAGUUUCAGAUUGUACUGCAGAAGGUCUGAUGUGUUGUUUCAUGUUCUCACAAAUGCCAGCAGAACUCUAUGGUGAAACAAUGCCAGUAGAGCGUCUCUAUGACUCUGUUGAGUUCCUCCUUUCUCUACAAGGUCCAGAUGGUGGAUUGGCAGUAUGGGAGCCUGCAACGUCCCCAGAAUGGUUGGAGAUUCUCAAUCCAUCAGAAUGCUUCGAGGACAUUGUUGUUGAACAUGAAUAUGUGGAGUGCACUGCAUCUGCAGUUCACGCUCUAGUAUUUUUCAGGAAGGUGCAUCCUGAGUAUCGAAGUAAAGAAAUCGAUAAUUUCAUAACAAAGGCAAUCCACUUCAUCGAGAAUCAGCAAAAGCCAGAUGUUUCAUGGUAUGGGAACUGGGGAGUGUGUUUUAUAUAUGCGACAUGGUUCGUCCUGAAGGGUCUUGCAUCAGUUGGAAAAAAUUAUAACAAUAGCCGGAUUGUCCGUAAGGGUUGCGAAUUUUUGUUGUCCAUACAAAAGGAAUCCGGAGGGUGGGGAGAGAGCUAUCUUUCUUGCCCGAACAAGGAAUAUGUGCCCCUUGAGGGUAGUGAGACAACCUUAAUACAUACAGCAUGGGCUCUGAUGGGUCUUAUUCAUGGUGGUCAAGCAGAAAGGGAUCCAAUCCCUCUUCAUCGUGCAGCGAAGGUACUAAUCAAUAAUCAGAUGGAAAACGGUGAUUUUCCACAACAAAGAAUCGGAGGAGUUUUCAUGAAGAACUGUAUGAUACAUUAUGCAUCGUAUAGAAGUAUUUUCCCAUUAAUGGCCCUUGGAGAAUAUCGCCGUAAAGUGUUAAACAUAUCCUCCACGAAAACAGGGAAUGAAAACCUAAGUUAGUUUAGUAUUCUGAUUAUGUAUUUGUAUACCUUUGUUUAUAUGUAUGGUAUUCUGAGGUAAGAUUCGUUGACAUUUCAGAAUUUCACUACAACUGUUACUUUUAUAAGUACCUAUAAAGAAA